AUGCUCCUCUCUCCCUCUCGUUACGCCGUCUCGACAGACCCACAGAGACCGUUGUCCUCGCGACCACGCUAUUAUCUGGCCUGCACCCUCUCCACCAUUCGGUUGCUGUGUCACUUCCCAAAUACACGUUCAGCUCCAAUCGGCCCGUUUCCCUGUCUUGCCGGUCUCCACCUCACCCAAUGCGCCCGAACCCAGUUACCGGCUCCAUGCCGCCAGCCCAAAAAGACAAUUCGACCAUAA